AUGGAUGCCGGCCCUAGGAACAAUUACCUCGCCAAGGUAGCCGUGCCAACCAGCGACCAAGACGCUGUUUUCGGAUAUGAUGAACAUGGGACAGACGGGUCGAUCUUGCAACCCAUCAGCACGGAUCCACCAAUUUCCAUAUUCGCAAACCGUGCGCACGUCGUAAGUCCAGCGCGAGUCCGUGCAAAGGACAGAUCAAGGCCAAUUCCGACCAACAAGUUUUAUGGAAACCUGGUUCUUGGCGACUCACAUGCUCCCAUUUGGACACAUCCCUACGGCCUGCGAUGGGACAGCAAUGGUGCUGACCAGCAAGGUCUCGCCAUCUCCCACAUCGAUGACAACUUGAAGGCGUUCGGAUCUGCAGAACCACCUUCUGAAGCCUCCAGGUAUUAUAUCAAUCCGUUUCUGGUCAGCAUAGGCCUCUCUGCGAUGGAGUUUGAUGCGCAGCAUGAUAUGACCGUGGGUGACUUUGGAGAGUUUGGAUGUACGAUGGUUCUCUCGCCUGCGAGUGGGAGGUCUAGCGGCGAUGAUCCGAAAGCAUUUAUUCGCGUGCCGAUCGUCAGGGGCAUGGCGUUUAUUACGGGAGUGUACCAGGAUUUGACACCGCGGAUCUUUUCCAAUAUUCUAGUUCGGACAUUAACCAAGGAUCCUAGCUCGAGAAGCGAUGGAUGGGUCAAGUACAGGGUCUUGAUCGAGGAUGGAAUCACCUGGUUACUGUAUGCAAAGCCGGACAGAGCUGGGGAUCCACCACUCCAGUUGGCGGUGCGAAGUCAAGGGCGGAUCGAGGCGACGUCUGGCAAGUUUACAGGGCUGAUUCAGAUCGCUAAAUUGCCUGUCGGGAACGAGGUGGACGCUGAGAAUCUAUAUGAGCGCUCAGUUGGAGUGUACGCGACCAAAGGCGACCUUGUUGUCCAGAAGAAAUAUGUCAGCGGCACUUCUGGAGGAUACAAGAUCAACUGGGACCUGACCGGCAACACCAACCAGGAGUUCAUCCACUUCACUCUUCCACACCAACGGCAAGUCCUUACAGACUCCAUAAAGGCUACCUCGCUCAUACUUCCUUCGACCACCAAGGGGAAGAUGAUUGCAUACACCGGCUCAACCUGGCGUCUGCAUGAGCCCAAGCGUCUUUCAGUCGGGUUCUUGCCUGAAGAUUGGUCCAAAUCUGUCACUGAUGCUCAACUGGACAAGAUUCGAAAACAAGCUGCGCAGGAUGUCGAUAUGAACUUUGACCAGCAAACGAAUCUGGACUCCAUGUACUUUUCAGGCAAGGGGCUGGCCAAGUUUGCAUUGCUUUGUCUAGUCGUCACAGACGUGCUUAAGGAUAAUGGACAAUUGCAGCAGCAAUGCUUGGACAAGUUGAAGCAAUCGUUUGCGAGGUUCAUGAAUAACAAACAAAUGUUUCCGCUGGUAUAUGACACGACCUGGAAGGGUCUUGUCAGCGUCCAGGGCCUUGAACAUGGUGCCCUCUCCGACUUUGGCAACACCUGGUACAACGAUCACCACUACCAUUACGGUUACUUUAUCCACGCCGCGGCCAUUAUCCGGCACUUGGAUCCACAAUGGAAAGCCAAUGAUCUCACCACGUUCGUCAACAGCCUGCUUCGAGAUGUUGCCAAUCCAUCGACGCAGGACCCCUUCUUCCCAGUCUUCCGGUCCUUUGACUGGUUCAUGGGGCACUCGUGGUCUCAGGGAAUCUUUGCGUCUGCCGAUGGCAAGGACGAGGAGUCGACAUCCGAGGACAUCAAUCUCUACUAUGCCAUCGCACUCUGGGGCAAGGUCGCCAACCAGCCUGAGCUGGAGCAAAUGGGCCAAUUGAUGCUCACGGUCGCGCGUAGGAGUAUUCAGUCGUACUUUUUGCUGGAGGAUGAUAACGUGAACCAUCCAAAGGUCUUUAUCGGUAACAAGGUGACAGGUAUCUUGUUUGAGAACAAGGUCGAUCAUGCAACCUACUUUUCUUCGCGCAUCGAAUGCAUCCAAGGCAUCCAAAUGAUCCCUGCGACGCCCGCUUUGCCUUUAGUCCGUCGACGAGAGUUUGUGAGGCAGGAGUGGGACCAAUUGCUCGCUGCACGGGUUGGACAGAUCGAAGACGGGUGGAAGUCGAUUUUGAUGAUGAAUUAUGCGAUGCUAGAUAAGAACGGGGCAUGGAGCUACUUUGCUGGAGAGGGACCUGUACCACUGGACGAUGGCAUGACCAGGACAUGGGCCUUGUUCUACGUCGCUUCUCAGCACCAGUAG